AUGAGCCCAUUUGAAGCUGUCUAUGGUUGCAACCCUUCUAGUCCAAUUUUCUUAAUUCCUUUGCCGGUAGAGAAUCGUUUUAGUGGGGAUGCCAAUGACAUGGUUGAUCAUAUCAAGAAGGUCCAUGAACGUGUUAGCCUUCGACUUAAAGAGAGCAACACCAAGUAUAAAGAAAGUGCUGAUAAACAUAGGCGUUACAAGGAGUUCCAAGAAGGGGAUUUAGUGUGGAUCAACUUAAGAAAGGAGAGAUUCCCUCGUGGAAAAUAUGGUAAAUUGCAUGAUAGAGGUGGUGGACCAUACAAAAUAUUGAAAAGGGCUGGUCAAAAUGCUUAUGUGCUUGAGUUGCCGAAUGACAUUGGUGUCUCGCCUACAUUCAACGUCGCUGACUUACAAGCUUACUAUGGUGAGAAUGAAACUCCAGAUUUUGACUCGAGGUCGAGUCCUUUCCAACCCGAGGAGUCUGAUGCAGGGAGCAUCCCAAGCCAAACUAGGGAAGCCCAAGAGAUCAGUUAA